AUGUCCAACCGUGCUACGAAGAGACUCAGUAUCCUGAAACGCCUUGCUGGGGCAAGGUGGGGUUGCACUAGACAAACUCUGCUCCAAACUUAUCAUUCGUUUAUCCUCCCACUUCUGACUUACUGCUGUGAACCACUUGUUGUGGCCGUGGAAAAUGUAUUCUAUACUCUAGAAAAAAUCGAAAAUCAGUGCUUACGUAUUGUUUCUGGAGCCGUGAAGACCACCCCGAUUGACUCCAUGUUUGUGUUAACUGGUGAUAAACCUUUAAGAACCGUAAUUCAAGAGAAGGCCGUAAUUCUCUGGGUCAGGAUCAUUAGAGUUCCUAGAUGUCAUUCACUCUGGAAUGAAGUCAAUCAAGAUCUGACUAGAAAUCUAAAGACCCAGAUGGGCUUCUACAGAGAGUUUUUCAGCUAA